AUGCGCUCCAUCGCAUUAACGUCAUUCCUUGCGCUAAGCUAUUGUACGGUUGUAAUCCAAGCGGCCACAAUACUGCACGGAAACAGGGAUUUUGGAGCUAUUUCUCAUCAGAGCUUUACACGUUUAUCCUCGUCAGCGGCAUCAUCGUCCACGUCGACGUCCUCGACACCGUUAAUCCUUCGCAUUGUCAAUGCAGUACCGGCACAACCGCAGCUACAUCACUUCUACCCAAAGGAGGACGCGAAGGAGGAGCAAAUAACUGAGCGUCACACUCCCGCGCAUCUCACUUAUUCGGCUCGACCUGUUGUCCAUCAGAUGGUACCGCGGGUUAAGCCAGUGAGAAAUAUAAGUUUCGCCUCCCUAGUACCUGGACCACGCAGCCUGACAAUAAAGACAACUCAGAAUCAUCACCAUAAUAAUUUGUACCCAGUGUAG